AACAAAACCGCGGUUCUUUCCCUUGAUCACGUCCACGCUCUAUCUCGUGUGACCGUGACCUUCGUCAGACAAAAAUCCGCGCCGGAAUUUUCCUUUUGUGUGUUCGAAUCGCUCCACCAAAAAUUUCUCCUUUGACCUGCUUUGGAGGCUGUUUGAGCAGCGGUCUUUCUUCCUUCGUCAUUCCUCUGGGCCUCGUUGUCAUCACAGCACGCAAUCUGGAUUCAAAGGCACCCUAUAAAUCAAAAUGGCUUCCCACAACCACACCAAUGGAGUACACACUCAAAAUGGCAACGCCAGAACAACCAACGGAUUCUCGGAAGUGAACGGCCAUGUGGUGAAAUCCAAAGCCACGAAACGUCACCUUGAAGCCAACGGGGACUCCGUAGAUGGGAAAGGUACACGUACGAGGUGGCUCCAGUGUUUACUCUGAUGGAGAAGGCGGUGUUGGGAGAGAUGCUCCGGCUCAUCGGAUUCCCAGACGGGGACGCCAUCUUCUGUCCUGGUGGCUCUGUCUCCAACAUGUACGCCAUCAACCUGGCUCGCUACCAGAAGUACCCACAGGUCAAGGAGUCAGGACUCUUCGGAUUGCCCAAGUUGUGUAUUCUCACCUCAGAAAAGUUAUCUGACGAAAAAGCUCGCCAACACUGAGGGCUUCAGGCUGGUUCUGCGGGAGCCCCAGUGCACCAACGUGUGCUUUUGGUACAUCCCGCCCAGUCUGAGGGGCCAGGAGGAGACUACUGAGUGGUGGCAGAAACAGGCAAAG